AUGUCUGAGAUAACAGAUUUUGGUCCAAGAAAAACGAUUUUUAUAUUGGCUAUUGUGGCUGGAUGCUUUGCGGUAUUGUGGCCAAAAAUCUUUUAUCCCAUGCUCACAGCUUCUGUCAAUUCACAUCAUUCGUCUUCUGAUGCAUGCUGUGAAGUAUUAUUCGAAAGCGAUGUUACUGCUUUGGACAUUAUGCAAGAAAUGUGUCAAAAUAUAUUGAGACAUCAUCAAGUUGAUCCACGAGUGAAAGAUGCUUUUAAAACUAGCAAAAUGGCACCACAAAUUGCUAAUUUAUGUAAGGAUGAAGUUUUGGCAAGAUGUGGGAUAGAUUUGUCAAUCUUUCUGGCGGAAAAGGAACGUCUUGGAAAAACUUCUAAACAAGUUUUGGAAGAAAUUAGAUCAUUCAAUAGUUCUAUAUGCCUUAAAAUGAAUUUUGGUAUUCCGUUAUCACAGUUGGGAAUACCACAUCUUAUAAGAUAUCACAUCUUAAUGCCCCAUAUUACUCUAAGGCAAGAAAGACGUACUCCACCUCAUGCAGGAGGUCUUCAUCCAGCAUUAAGGGAACGUGGAAGAACUAUACCUAUUUCGCACAUUGUACCAAAAAUAGUAGACAGACCUGAUCAUGUAAUGCCAAAAAUGAGACCACCUAUGGGAGGUGCUGGUCAUGUAGUACCAGCACCAAAAGGAAAUGGAACUAUGGGAGUUAUUAUGCCCCUCUAUACAUUAGGCAUUGUGUUGUUCUUUUUGUAUACUAUUGUUAAGGUAUUGAGGAAGAACUCUGAUAGUGAGAUUAUCUCAGAAUAUCCAGGAGCAGCUGCUGAGAAAGAAUUUCGAAAAAUGGUAUUUAAUCCAGAUUUACUUGCUAGCGCAAUGACAGGAGGUACAAUGCAUUAUCAAAAAGAACAAUCCCCAUAUAAACCUGCACCAACUAUAGAGGAAUUGAAUAAUCAAGCGGCAGGAGACAUAGAGAUAGAUCAGCUGAGACGUCGUUUGGACGAGACGGAAGCAGCCAUGGAAAGAAUUGUUGUUCAGAUGGGCAACAUAUCACGUUCAGUGAUGCAUAGCCCAAGCUCACAGCCAGAAAUCAAGGAAGACUCCACUGUCCAGGAAACUUAUAGUACUGAAGAUCAAGAAGUAGAAAGCAUAGAACAAUCACCAACAGUUAAAAUAAUGGGUAUGGAAAUGACUGCCAGCUGUGAAGGUGGACAAAAAUGUAGUAGACCUACCACCCCCAUAAUACCCCCACCCCAUAGUCACACUGAGAGGGAGAAGACACCACCAGUACCAAUCUAUUUAGAAGGCGCUUUACCUCCACAAUGUGAAUUACUUGUAACGGAUUCAGAAACUCAAGAACAAAAAGCAGAGGAAAGUGCUGAAGCGCCCGUAAUUCUCUCAGGCAAAAUGACACUCUCUCUCAUCAGUCUCGACCAGAUUGCAGCUGAAUCUGAAGAUGAAAAUGAAGUGAUGGAAGAAGCAGAAAGUACUUCCAUUAUAAGAUCAAUGAACGAAAAUGAACGUGAAGUAAAAGAGCAAGCAAUAACGAUGAGUAAUGAGGAACAAUUGAAUGAUUUAGAGAAAGAAUUACAAUUUAAAAAACAUUUAAAGUUAUACAGUUCUGAUGAAGAUGAAUCCGAGGAAGAAGAAGAGGAAGAGGAAGAUGAAGGAGAAGUAGAAGCAGAGAAAGAAAAGAAAGAAGAAAAAGAAGAAGGAGAGAACGAAAAGGAAGAAAAAAAUGAAGAAAAAGAAGUGAAGAUUGAUAAAGCAAAGAACAAAGAGAUGGGCAAAGAAGAUGAAGAUGAAGAUGAAGAUGAAGAUGAGGAGGAGGAGGAGGAGGUGGAAUCGGAAGAGGAAGAGGAGGAAGAGGAGGAGGACGAGGAGGAGGAAGAGGAGGAGGAGGAGGACGAGGAGGAGGACGAGGAGGAGGACGAGGAGGAGGACGAGGAAGAGGAGGAGGAAGAGGUGGAGGAGGACGAGGAAGAGGAAGAGGAAGAGAGGGAGGAAGAGGGGGAGUUGGAAGAGAGGGAGGAAGAGGUGGAGGAGGAAGAGAGGGAGGGGGAGGAAGAGGAGGAUGAAUAUGAGUAUGGUUAUGAAUAUGAAGAUGAAAUUGAGUUUGAAGAAGAGGCAACGGGAGGAACGUCGUAUUGCCUACGAGAAUUACUAUCCGAUUCUUGAUCCAUUUAAUAAGGACAUCUUGUGUUCUUAAGUUUAAAUAAAGAAAAAACAAUGCUUUUAAGAUAAA